AUGUCUUCCGGCACCAAAACGAAAGUACUCACAGAAGAGAAUAUAGAAGGGAAGAUCAUAAAGCUUAGAGCUGCUGAACCGGAUAAGAAGGUCGAUCUAAUCCAAUUCUUCGGAUUGGAGUUGGAAGAAUUAGCAGAGUUACCUGAAUCAACGAUAGAUCCUCUAACUCUAAUCAUCCCACCUUUAAUACGAUCUUCUCAUCCAUUAUUACAAUCCUCAAUAUUAACCUCGUUUCUGCCAUUUUACAUCCCUUUAAUACCUUUAUCACCAAGCACACACUUACGAUUGGCUUUACUUCAAGUAUUACCUGCAUUGCUGGAAAAGCUGAAUGAUCCAAAAGACAGAAUUCAUUCAACGGCUUCUUUAUCUGUUUUCUUAUUGGGAAAAUCAAGUUCCGAUUCUGACAUUAUCACUUCCUCUUCUUCUUCAUCUUCUUCCACAAGUCAAGGUAAAGAGAAAGAAACUUUAUCACAAACAUUUGAACGAUAUAUCAAAGAUAUCUUGUCAUCUAAAUUAACAAGAUCAAAAGUUGAAACACUGAAAAUACUGAUUAAAUUAAGAUCAGAAUUAGGAAAUAAAUUUGGAUUGAAAGGAUGGUUAAGUAUCUUAGUUGAUUUAUUAGAAGAUGGUGAUGGGACUGUUAGAGAACAAGCAAAAGAAACCGUCGUAGCUCUCUUAUCACCAUCAUCAACUCCCCCAGCUGCAAGAUCAGAACUGAAAAAACUUCUAAUAGCUAGAAACGUUAGGAAAACAAUAUCGACUGAUAUCAUAACAAGAGUAUUUGGAGGUGCCGGUGUGGAAUCAGGUAGAUCAACACCUGCUAUUCCAUCUGGAGCCGAAACUCCCAAAGAAGAAACCAUUUCAACUGCACCUGCAGUAACAGUGGGAAAUGGAACGGAUGACGUUGAGAUUGUUUAUAUUGCAUCACCGCAUGACUUGUCAAACGAAUUCGCAGCUAUGAUCCCACAUUUCGAAGGUAAAGAAACAGAACAAAAUUGGUUACCAAGAGAAAAGUCUGUUGUGAGAAUAAGAGGAAUGUUAAAAGGUGGUGUAUGGAGUAAAUACAGUGAAGCUUUCACACAUGGAUUGAAAGCUGGUAUAAUGGAAGGUCUCUCCAAGACUAUCAUCAGUCUGAGGACAACUGUCGCUCAGCAAUCCUGUUUUCUCCUCAAGGAAAUGGUCGAACAUCUUGGAAAUGGAUUUGACCCAUUUGUGGAACACUUCUUACCUAUCCUUGCAAAAAUGGCCGGUUUCACAAAGAAGAUCAUAGCUGAAAGGUCUCAAGCUUGUAUGACCGCUAUCAUCAUACAUACUAACGUUCAUCCACGAUUACUGAUCGGCCAUAUAUCUGUCGGAGUUGCUGAGAAGAAUAUUCAAACUCGACAUUUCUCCACCGGACAUCUGAAGACUUUCAUCGAUAUUCACGGUUCAAGGUCGAGACAUGCUAUCGAAGCGACUCCCGGAUCGAUGGAUCAGCUUGAAGGUGCGAUCAAAAAGGCUCUGUCAGAUGUCAAUCCCGCUGUGAGGGAUUUAGCCAGACAAGCAUUUUGGAGUUUCUAUUCUGUUUGGCGAUCACGUGCCGAGGCCAUCAUGACUGGUUUGGAUGGUAUGGCUAGAAAACAAUUAGAAAAAGCAAACCCUCAUGAUUCAAAUGGGAUCGUUCCUCCUGCAAAAGCCGCUGUGUCCACUGCAACCACUGCUCCUGGUCCUCCUGCGACGAAACGAGCUACAAGUUCUUUAUCGGCUCUGUUGGCAGAAAAAAGGAAAGCAAAGGCAGCAGAAUUAGCAGCAGGUAAAAUGGCUCAGGAAUCACCUAGAAUCGUUUCGGGACCUAUACCUUCUUCACCAAGCUUACAACAAGGUUUGACUAGAUCAAAUUCUUCAGCUUCAAUGUCACAUCCAUCAAACAAAUAUGGUCCCGGUAGACUGGAAAGAAGUGUCACUUCUCCCCCUGAUAGUUCACCUAAAAACGUGCCUUUACCUACUUCACCUGGACCAAACUCAUCACCCACUCCUCGACAAACGACUAAAUCAUCAUUUGGAUCACCGAGAGAUCUUCUAUCCAAUCAACGUUCGACAAAUCUAGGUCAAAAUUCACCGUCGAGAGGUUCACCGAGUCAUGAUUCUCCUCUGAGACAAUCAUCUACUUUCGCUCAACAUUCCGCUUCGGGUUUGAGGUCACCCGGAUCAAGUACAGCUUCGAGUGCGCAUAAUUUACGUACACCACAGAGCACACGUAGACCCCUGUUUCGUGAGGCUGACCCAGGACUAGGAAUGUCAUCCCCUUCAGGGAUGGAAAGAUCUGCUUCUCAUGAAGCUGACAUGGGUGACGAAGACUGGAUUGGUACUCCUACAAGAAGCCUGAAUCCAGGACAAGGUGUAGUGGAAGAUGCAAGAAGGGCACAAGCUGCUCAAGCCGAAUCUGCCGCAAGACAACUGAUGGAGUAUAACGAAGACGAAGAACAAGCUAUACCGUUAGUGCACGGACAUGGACAUCGACAAGGACAUGGCGUACCUACCACUCCAGCUAGACCUACCAAUGGUCAUCAGAACGGCAAUUCAAGUGCCUACAGAACUCCGUUGUACAGCCACAGGAAAGUAUGGGAGGACUCACCUAGACCCGAAGCUGUCACACCUCUAGUCAUCGAACGGUUGAAAGAAAGGAAACACGAACGAACAUGGUGGAUAAGAAGACAAGAAUUAUUGGACGAAGUGUCUCCACUGAAACCAUCAGCUCCAGCACCUUCAUCGGCCAUACUUCCAGAUCUUGAAGCUUUAUCGAAUGGUACACCGACUAUUCGAAAUUUCCAAAAACUCACCUUGUUCUCUACUUCACACCCUAUCCAUGGUGAAGAAGAUAGGAAAAUAUGGGAAGAAGGAAAACUAUUUGAGAAGGUCCUGAAUGGAUUGUUCAAGUUCAUCAAACCUGAUCAGGACAAACAACUACUUGAACAAAGUCUGGUCGUUCUUUGGGAGAUGGUUCAGCAACAAUGGACAUUAUUCGAUGAACAUGAGCAAGAACUGUUGGAAAUGUUGUUCAGAUUAAGAGCUAGUCACAACCUCACUAUGCUCGAAUGCACCAAUGCGUUGAUCUCACUGUUAACCCAAAUAUCAGAUCCGAUUUACCUUUUAACUCUAUUGAAAUCAUCACUGGACCGAUUCUUGCUGGAACAUCCAUCAACCUCAACUCCAUCUGAAAAUACAGAAAGUACUACCACAGAUGGUUCAGCACGCUUCUCGGUAACUGGCAAAGCCAAGGAAUCACCAGAGGAAAGAAUAAGGAAUUCAGGUUGGUUGUUUGGUUUGACAAGUUUAGGAAUGUGCGUUUUGAGAUUACCUCAAGCUGUAGUUGAAGUUGAAGGUGGGAGAUUAGGUCAAGUCAUUUCGAAUGCAAUGCUAUCACCUUCUUCCAUGAUAAGACAAUCUGCUCAAUCAUUAUUAUUGGCGAUUCAGACUAUAAUUCAAGAUUCAAUCAAAACAUUAUCGUUCGUACCGGAUUUAACUACAGGUCAAAAAGAUUUAGCAAUUUAUUAUAUGGCCCAAAAUGGUAUUUUGGAGAAUAACAAUUUAUCAUCCAAUACCAAUACCAAGUCCAAUCAACAUCAAAGAGAAACUAAAGAAGAAGAUGAAGGACAAAACAAUGAGGAGGAAGAAGAAGAAAUAGAAAGGAAAGAAAGAAUGUUAGGCGAAAUGGAAGCUUUGAUGGGUAGAAGUAUACUUCGUGAAUAA